UCAGGAAAAUGGCCGAGGCCAGUAUUUCAGUAGAUCAGCUUUCUGUGGACCAGUUCAUGUGUCCAGUGUGUCUGGAUCUCCUGAAGGAUCCGGUGGCUAUCUCCUGUGGUCACAGUUUCUGUAAGGCGUGUAUUAAUGGCUGCUGGGAUCAGGAGGAUCAGAAGGGCGUCUACAGCUGUCCUCAGUGCAGAGACACUUUCACUACAAGGCCUGUUCUACGCAGAAACAACAUGCUGGCUGAAGUGGUGGAGAAACUGAAGAAGACUGAAGAUCUGAAAAAGAGACUCGAGGAAUUCUGUGAGGAGGAAUUCAACAAAAUCCCUCCACAUGCUGCAGCAGUUCAGAUCAUUUCAGAACCAGAACCACAGAGCAGAGAAGAGUUUCUGAAAUAUUUCUGUUAUCUGACUCUGGAUCCCAACACGGCACAUCGUUUCCUCAUUCUGUCUGAGAAGAACAGAGCGGUGAGAUGCAGUGAGAGAGCGCAGCGUUACUCUGAUCAUCCAGAGAGAUUUGAUUCCUGGCUUCAGGUUUUGUGUAAGGAGAGUGUGUGUGGACGCUGUUACUGGGAGGUGGAGUGGAGCGGUGCUGCUGUGGACAUAUCAGUCUCAUAUAAAGACAUCAGCAGGAAAGGACUGGGUAAUGAGUGUGGGUUUGGACUCAACAAUCAGUCCUGGAGACUGUACUGUUGUUCUUCUUCUUCUCUCUCUUUCUGGCACAACAACAUUAAGACUGAUCUCAGAGUUCCAUCAGCCUCCAGAAUAGGAGUGUAUGUGGAUCACAGUGCAGGAACUCUGUCCUUCUACAGCGUCUCUGACACGAUGAAGCUCCUCCACAGAGUCCACACCACAUUCACUCAGCCUCUAUACGCUGGGUUUAGGGUUUGGUUUUCUGGUUCUACAGUGAGAUUGUGUGAUCCAGAAUAAAAGUGUGUAGUGUUUUCUGUAAAAUUCCUGCACGUUGCCACGUU